AUGCCUUUUUCCAAAUGCAUCGCAGUUCCCUUCAAUGUCAACUUCCGAAUCCGAUGUGACCCCGUACUUGGCUCUGAUCCGCGAAACUGGACGGCAAUAUAUCUCGAUGACUGGGGCGGCUCGGUACCGCACGCACUGGCACCCCGCACUGGCCACGCACGCCCGAACGUUGGCUGGAGCUCACACUCUGGCGGCGGGCCGCCCGGCGUCCCGUCUGCGUUCUGCGUGCCAACCUCGCCGCUGCCCGAUUUGGCUACGCACGCCUACCAGAUGAUUGUCAACGCGCCGCGUUGCACGGGAAGCUCGAGGAAGAAGCUUUCUCCUGCGGACCCAGUGGCCAGGGCCAUUGCGUACGAGAAUAGCGAGGCUGGGCGUCCCAGCGUUCGGCGGCUUACUCAGAGGCGGUCUGCGGCGGAUCUUGCCGUGCGAGCGAACCCAGCCAACGUCCGACAUUGCCUCAGCAGCGCACGCCCCCUGCCCGCCGCCCCGUCCGCCCCUCGAUUCAACUUCAGCUUGAAUCGGGUCGUCGUCGUCCAAGACGGCGCCUUCCACGAUCUCGGACGAUCCUCGAGCUGCGAGAUCCAGCUCCGCGUGGAAAUCCAAUUUGGCCAGGUCCGCGAGCAGCGAUCGCCCAGAUCGCCAGCGAGCUCGCCGCCGACACUCGACGGCUACUUCUCCACACCUGCCUGCCAGCUGCUCGGCGAGUCACAGCGCGCACCGCAUGUCGAUGGGCGUGUUCGUGGUCGAUUGAUCAUGCUGUACAACCUUGUCACUGAGCCGUCCUACUAG